CUUUUCCUGAUGCGACACAUAACUUGAAGGACAAACGUGACUAAAAGGGACAAGGGAUAUAACUCUAACCCUGACUUUGGAAAGGGACACAAUCCCUUCAAUGGGCGACGUCAACAGCGAUGUAAUGCAGACGACAUUUCAAAGAGACAAGAUUUCCAUGUGUCAUCCCCAAACAGGAAAUCUACUACUGAAAUGUGAAAUGUAAAUCUGUUCAAAAUUAUUUGAGCUUUCUUAUUACAACUCCACCAAAAGGGAGGAUAAUCAAAAUGAAGGCUUCAGCUAUUUUAGCAAGUGCUACAAAGGCAGCUACGUACAACAUGGUUCUACAGCUUGCAAUGAGGGUCAUGACCUUUAUGUUAAAUGCUGUUGUCCUGCGGUACAUUUCUCGAGACUUGCUUGGUGUUGUCAAUGUCAGGCUGACUCUGCUGUAUUCUACCAUCUUGUUCCUCACCAAGGAAGCUUUCGAUCGUGCUUGCCUAAGUCGUGCAGAGAAACGAGAUUGGCGGCUGGUUACUAACCUCAUGUGGUGCACAUCUCCUCUGGCUUUAACCUGGUCCAUACUUCUGACAAUUGUCUGGCUUUAUUUCCUGGAAACACCGGACCCUCACCUUAUUCCACAUUAUACUCUAGGAGUCAUUAUGUUUGCUGUGUCAAGUUGCAUAGAGGUUCUCGCAGAGCCUUUAUUUGUCACAGGGCAGGCUUUUAUGUUUAUCAGACUAAAGGUUGUGAUUCUGGGCCUGUCACAAGCUAUCAGAUGUUUCAUUGCCGUCAUCCUUGUACUUGUACUUCCUCACUGGGGUUUACUGGGCUUUGCAAUGGCACAGCUAUCCUGUAGCAUCUGCUAUGCUGCUAUGUACUACCUGUACUUUGCACACUAUGUCACAUCACAAGUCAAAAAGGAUGAUGGUGACAUGUUUCCUUUUCAAGCUGUGCAAGACUUUUUCCCACAAGCUGUAGAAGGAAAGCCACUAAUAGACAGUGAUCUUGCCAGUCUUACUUGGAGUUUCUUCAAACAAUCAUUCCUGAAACAAUUACUCACAGAAGGUGAAAGGUAUAUCAUGACAUUCUUGGAUGUUCUAAGUUUUGCUGAUCAAGGAGUAUAUGAUGUGAUCAACAAUCUGGGAUCAAUGGUGGCUCGGUUUGUAUUUCUUCCAAUUGAAGAAAAUGGAUAUCUUUUCUUCUCCCAGAUGUUGGUGCGUGGUAAACUUGCUCAUGAGCAAACAGAGGAGUCUAUUGUGAUGAGCAGCAGGGUGCUUGGUGUAUUGAUGAAGAUUGUCACACUUAUCGGCUGUAUCAUCCUUGUCUUUGGGUAUUCCAAUGCCUAUUUGGCUUUAAGCAUCUACGGCGGGGAAAAUCUGAGCUCAGGAUCUGGACCUACGUUGCUUCGGUGGUACUGUCUUUAUGUACUAGUGAUUGCCAUCAAUGGUACAACAGAGGGCUUUGUCUUUGCUACCAUGAGCAAGAAAGAUGUUGACAGAUACAACAAGAAAAUGUUGGUUUUCUCUGUUAUGUUCCUUACAAUGGCAUGGUAUCUAACCAAACAGAUUGGCAGUGUAGGGUUCAUCAUUGCAAACUGUCUAAACAUGAUGGCUCGCAUAUCUCACAGUAUUUGGUUCAUUCAACACUACUUCGCUGGCAGCCAGUUCUCUCCCUUGUCUAACAUGUGGCCCUCCAUACCGGUCAUAGUGACCAUGAUCAUUUCAUUGCUUCUGACUUCUGUCUCAGAGAAUUAUUGCUGCUACACAGAUGGCUACUUAGGGAAGCUAUCUCAUGUCGGCCUGUCUGGAGUCUGUUUGUUGGUGGUGGCAGCUUCAGUGUUUUUGACUGAGCAUGCAAUGGUGAAGCUGGUGACAGACCAAAUCUUUAAAAGAAAACACAGCAAAGAAAGCUGAUAGUGUGCUUUAGUCACAAAUGUUCUAGAAAUGUGUGGGUUCCUAGAUGUGCUCUAUGUGUGUGGUGUGUGAGAGAUCGAGGGAGAGAGAGAGAGUGUUUGUAUGUAUGGGCAGUGGUGUAUGAUGCUAUGCAUUGCAUGCAUUACAUUUGAUGUACAUAAUUAUGUUUUCAAUCAUGUGGCACCUUUGAAAAAGAAGUGCAUGAUUUCUACAUUUUCACAGUAGGCACAAAAGCACAUUUUGUCAUGUGCAUGGAUAUAGUAAAUGAAGUAAAAGUUAAUCAGCUUGUGACUUUUCCAGUAAUCAAGGAUAUGAGCUGCUGGUCAAGAGGUGAUGUGUAUAUGAUAUUGUAUAUACUGGUGUGAAUGUGUUCCUGUGUAUUUGUGUGUGUGACAUGCACAUGCACAACUUAAAGUGACUGUGAAACUGUUUUUCUGAUGCUGUCAUUGCAAACAUUUAAUAAUAAUAAAAAUGUAUGUUGG